UUCGUCAUUUACACGACUAUUAUCCACUUAUAUUUUUUUGAUAAAAAAGGAAAACUCGAAAUGACAAAAUGGCAAGUGUCACUGGUGGUCAGUCCAAGCAACACACGACACCAUAAUAUUACUCAAGAGCCUAAACAAAAGACCAACUACUCUGUAGCUCUUCCUUUAGGUAUUCACUUCCUAACGUCACUCAAAUUAUCGAUCACUAUUAUCCAUCACCAUAAACUUAUAUAUACAUUCAUAUUAUUGAAGAAACCUAUCCCAUGAUGACAAAAAUACACCCAAAUAGAUCAGUGAGUAGCUCUUCUCUCUCUUCAUCGGAGAAGGAAAGAGAAACAUUCACAGUGUGGAUGAAAUCUCUGGUGUUCCAUGGAAACGGCUGCACUGUGUUCAACUCAGGAGGUGAAGUCGUUUUCCGAGUCGAUAAUUAUCAGCAAAAAUGCAGCAGAAAAGUCUAUCUCAUGGAUUCAACUGGCCAAACAUUGUUCUCUAUGUAUCGAAAGAAACUAUAUUUUUUGGGGUUUUGGGAAGGUUUUAAACACUCAAAAGGUGGCAAAGAAGAGAAGAAGCCAUGGUUUAAAGUGAGGAGAAAUCACACAAUUUUUGGGAGAGAAAUUUCGUGCCGUGUUGUUCUUAAAUUGGAGGAAAAUAGUGAAAGUUAUUACAGAAUCAUAGGAUUGGAAGGGAAAGCUUCACUCAAGAUUGUAGAUGAAUUUUCAGGCCACCUUCUUGCUGAGGCAGUGCAAAAGCAAUCAUCAGAAGGAGUUCCAUUGGGAAAUGACGUGGUUACACUAAUGGUGGAAUCAAAUGCUGAUCAAUCUCUAAUUAUGGCUCUUGUCACCAUCUAUGGUUUGAUCAAUAAUAGGAUGUGAAUAUGUGUAUAUAAAUACAAAGUUUUAUGUGGAAAUUAGAAGAGAAAUUCACGUAGAGAUGAUCGAUUAGGUUUUUGAAUACGGAAAAGGUUUUAUGUAUUUUGUAGUUCAUGUACAUAUUAAUAUAUGACGACAUGAUUAUAUGUGUU